AUGAGCAGACUCUCUCUUACAACAGCGGCCCUUGUUGUGUUGUCCAUCGGUAGUGUGCUGGCUUGUCAGCCAGGAGCAGCUGGAUUUCAAGCAAGGAAUCCAAAUAUUCGUAAGUUUAUUUUUUUUUUUUGGAAAUUUUCGCCUUUUGCAGACAGAUUUUCGCUUACAAAUUUUGAUGAUUAUCCAAUAAAAAGCUACUACCUAUGCUUGCAAAAGUUAUGGUUAUUUUGCCAAUUGUCGUCAAAUUGAUUCUUUGGCCCUACAGACUUCUCCGGUUGUUAUUAUACUCCCUUCAUUCUCACUUUCCUCUUUAUUAUUGAUUCCCUUUAUUUCAGGUUGUCUCCAAUGCCAGCCCAUCCACAUUCAGCCCGGAUGUGACCCCAAUUUCCAUGACAGUCAAUUUGCCUGUGCCUUCCCAACCGUCGUAUACAAUGUCGCCCGACCCAAGACUUGUGCUCGAGCUACCAUCUACUGUAAUUCCGUUGACUUCCAGCCCUCCAAUGCCCAGAUUUUGGCCAAAGUCUUUGAUUUAACAACCAAUGAGACUGUUUGGAUUCCAUUCGGUCCCAUUAAAUUGUACCAUACAUAUACUACAAUUGAGUGUGGGGAUGGGGCUGGAUGGAAAGUGGAGACAACUGCGGAUCAAGUGGUUGUUCAGCCGUUAUUCAUUCGCUGUGCCCAUUCUGCGCUUGUCAAGGGAAACGCGAUCGACCAGAAAGUUGUGGAUGUUCUUGAAGGAUCGGGAGAGCAAUAG